UUAGCUUGUUGCUCGCGUAUUUCCACCUAUCGUCGCGUUGUUUUUUCUCGUGUGUGGCGUUAUGACAGGUGUAUGAAGGUAACAACGAGGCUACAGGAGGGGAUGACGCCUCCUUUUUUUUUUUUUUUUGUCGUUAAAAUAAUUCGAGACGCCGCUGUCUUUGUUUGUAAACCGCUUUUUUAAUUAGUCAUGCGACUUAGGGGGAAGCAAACCGAAGCGACACCUCAAACCCAUGAUGAAGAAAUUAUUAAUAGACAGUAAUUAAUCCCGGGAGGAAGUUAAUUCGGGGUUCGCUUUUUUUGAAUAUUCUGUCAUGCGCGCUUUUAGCUAGCUGUUACAGCUUCGGGAGGAUCAGGAGGCUAACAGAUUAUCAGGAGGAGAGUCUCGUCUGUCUGGCUGAUAUUAAAGAUGGUGUUUCGGAGUGAGGAGAUGUGCUUGGCGCAAUUGUUUCUGCAGUCUGGGUCGGAAUAUGACUGCAUCAGUGAGCUCGGGGAGCUGGGUCUGGUGGAGUUCCGAGAUCUCAACCCAAGUGUCAGCUCGUUCCAGCGGCGCUUCGUCAGCGAAAUCAAGAGAUGUGAGGAGAUGGAGAGGAUUCUGGGUUACCUUCUGAGAGAGAUCCAGAAAGCUAAAAUAGCCGUUCCAGAGGAGGAUGAGAGCCCACCGGCCCCUCCGCCAAGACAAGUCCUUGAGAUUAUGGAGCAGCUUCAAAGGCUGGAGAUGGAGCUCAGCGAAGUGGCCAAAAACAAGGAAAAGCUUCAGCGAAACCUCCUGGAGCUCACUGAAUACACUCACAUGCUGAAGAUUACACGGACCUUCAUUCACAGCCGCUCCAGACACGAGGCUCUCGGCCCCCAGUAUGAAGAGUUCCCCACUCCGGAGACAGACUCGGUGACAGGAUGCACCGGUAUGCAGAGACUUGGAGCUAAGCUGGGUUUUAUUUCAGGACUCAUCCAGCGGGUGAAGGUGGAGGCCUUUGAGCGCAUGUUGUGGAGAGUGUGUAAAGGUUACACCAUCCUCAGCUAUGCAGAGGUGGACGAGAGCCUCGCUGACCUCGACACUGGAGAAAUAAGCAAAAGUGUCGUGUUUCUCAUCUCUUUCUGGGGCGACCAGAUCGGACAGAAAGUUCAAAAAAUCUGCGACUGUUACCACUGCCACUUAUAUCCACACCCCGAGAACGAUGAGGAGCGAGCAGACGUGUUGGACAGCUUAAGAACACGGAUCCAGGACCUCAACAAUGUGCUUCAUCGCACUGAGGACUACUUGAUGCAAGUUCUACAAAAAGCAGCCGAGUCAGCCUACUCCUGGGUCGUGCAGGUUAAGAAGAUGAAGGCUAUCUAUCACAUCCUCAACCUGUGCAGCUUUGAUGUUACCAACAAGUGUCUGAUCGCUGAGGUUUGGUGUCCUGUCAGCGACUUGGCAAACCUGAGAGGAGCUCUAGAAGAAGGUUCGAGAAAAGGAGAUGCUACUGUUCCAUGCUUUGUGAAUCGCAUCCCAAGCAGUGAUACACCUCCUACCCUUCUAAGAGCCAACAAGUUCACAACUGGCUUUCAGAGCAUCGUGGAGGCAUAUGGGGUGGGGGACUAUCGCGAGGUAAGCCCAGCUCCCUACACCAUCAUCACGUUCCCCUUCCUGUUUGCUGUGAUGUUUGGUGACCUUGGCCAUGGGAUGGUAAUGAGUCUUUUUGCCUUGUGGAUGGUGCUGACAGAGAAAAAUCAAAAGAAGAAACGUUCCAGUAAUGAGAUCUGGGCAACGUUUUUUAACGGGCGAUACAUCAUCCUGAUGAUGGGGCUUUUUUCCAUCUACACUGGGCUCAUUUAUAAUGACUGUUUCUCCAAGUCUCUGAAUUUAUUUGGCUCAGGAUGGAGUGUUAAGGCCAUGUUCACAAAUCAGCAAUGGACGAACAAAACACUCCAAACAAACGCUUUACUUACAUUAGACCCUAAUGUCAGUGGCGUCUUCAGUGGCCCAUAUCCAUUUGGCAUUGAUCCAAUCUGGAACAUGGCUGUGAAUCGUCUGUCUUUCCUCAACUCAUACAAGAUGAAGAUGUCCGUGAUCAUCGGUGUCAUUCACAUGAGCUUUGGCGUGGUGCUGAGUGUCUUCAACCACCUGCAUUUCCAUCAAAAAUUCUGUGUCUAUCUGGUGUUUCUUCCCGAGCUGCUCUUCCUGCUCUGCCUCUUCGGAUACCUGGUCUUCAUGAUUUUCUACAAGUGGCUGACAUUUAGUGCACGUUACUCCAGCCAGGCUCCCAGCAUCCUCAUCCACUUCAUCAACAUGUUUGUCAUGCAGGGGAAAGAUACAGCUCCUCUCUACCCAGGACAGACUGGGCUCCAGAUAUUCCUGCUUGCGAUAGCCAUGCUGUCCGUCCCUGUGCUGCUGUUGGGAAAACCUCUUUACUUGUACUGGCUGUAUCGCGGCGGCAAAGCUCUGCGCAGACGCAGGGGUUACGAGAGGGUGAGGCGUGUCAGUGAGGACGAUGGCUCCAUUACAACCACCUGUGAAGAGGAUGAAGAGGAGGGAAUUGAUGAGCUGACCAGCAGAGAAGCUCCUCCCAAACAGUUUGACUUUGCAGAUGUGCUGCUGCACCAGGCCAUCCACUCCAUAGAGUACUGCCUGGGCUGCAUUUCCAACACUGCGUCCUACCUGCGUCUCUGGGCGCUCAGCUUGGCUCACGCCCAGCUGUCAGAGGUGCUGUGGGCCAUGGUGAUGCGCCUGGGUCUCAGGAUCACCACAAAAGUCGGCGUAGUGUUCUUGGUUCCCGUGUUUGGGCUUUUCGCCACUCUCACCGUGUCCAUCCUGCUGGUGAUGGAAGGCUUGUCAGCAUUUCUCCACGCUCUCCGACUUCACUGGGUGGAGUUUCAGAACAAGUUCUACCAUGGGACCGGUGUCAAGUUCGUGCCCUUCGACUUCUCCCGCCUGCCCUCCGUUUUUGAGCAGGAUGGUUUGCUUUAAACCCUCCGUGGUCGUGGAUAUUUGUGGACGAAGACUUUUACAGCUGUGAAGGUUUUUCUGAGAGUUAGAACAAUUCACUCUGUGAAAACAACAACGAACCCUCAAAACUCUGAAACUGAAACUUGUAGCAACGUUUUUCACCUCGAGGGUUUUUAAACGCUGACUGCCUUACUACAGCAAACCUCCGACGGGCCAGAUGUUUGAAAAUGUUUAUUCGGUAUUUA